UGCUAAGUCACUCCCUAAAGAUUUUAGUGAUAUUUUGUAGAAGUAUCUUUGCAGUCUUAUAUUGGAGUGCCAAUCACAGAUCAGGACAGUGGGAUCACUGGGAGCAAUCCUGCCUCCCACCUUUGUGUUCUUGGUGACCACCACAGAGUCCCUUACAGAGGAUUGUUCUAAUUCAAAUCGUAAUGGUGAUAAAUGGCCUUAGCAAAUUGAUUUUUCUGUCAAAACCCACGGGCUUUGAUGUUCUCCCGCACUCAAGCAAUUACUGCACCCAGAGGCAAAUCCAAAAAAAUAUUUUUUCCCUAUUUCUUAAAUGGGAGAGCUUUUCUGUUAAUUUAUAUAAUUAUUCCUGCAUUUCAUAGGUUUUCAGGGAGUCUGAAUUCAGCCCUGCCAAGUGCAGAGACCUGCCAUGCUGUGUGGUGCUGAUUGUCAGUAGCAAUUUGGGGAAGCUCAGCAUGACUGGGAAUUUAGCCCAUAAUUCAUCAGGGGCUCAGUUCACUUUGGUCCCUGCUGAAAUGCAGUCCCUUCUGGGCUGAGAUGUGAUAACCAUUAUCAAAAUGAUGAUCUGAGGAGCCCAGCACUGUAAUGACAGAGGAGGGGGAAGGGUAUUAUGCUGAUUAAACCAGCAAGCAAAGUGCUGUUAAUCCCUCUUGGAAUAUGGCUUAAACCUUCUCCCUAGUGGGGGAAAGAUGAUUUUUAAUGACAAGAAAUUUGAAUUUCAAAUCUCCUUGGAAAAGAGUCUGUCAGACAUGGGAACUUGUGCCCAGACUGGACUGGCUGAGCAGAGGUGCCUUUUGGCCAUCCCAGGUGUGCUCAGAGCCAGGCUCUGAGCAGACACCCAAACAUGGGAUGUGUGUGUAGGGGUUCUUCCCCAGCUGCUGACGCUGGGGGGUUUUAUUGAAAUGUUCUUACAUUAUUAAAUAUCUGCCAGACCUUUUGCAGACAUGAAGCCUCCCAUGUGUCACACUUCAGGACACAGAUGACAGAGCGAGGCCUUGGUCCCCAGCUGGUGUGAUGGGGUCCCCCUUGGAGGCUGAUGGCUCUGUCAUGUGUUAUUUGUGUUGGGUGAGCUGUGCCUGAGUGCACUGCUGAGCACAGGGUCUCUAAUAGGAACAGACUGACAGGGACACGAUUUUCUAGUCAGGGCUGCCUUCUGCAGCAGUCCCUCCCAUUGCCCUGAUGGAGUAUCCAGGAAAGGCAGCUGAGCUCAGUCUGUUGUCCUCUCCAGGGUGUAGGAGAGCUGUGCAGCAAAGCUGGGUGUCCAGGUGGAGAGCAGCCCAGCAAACAGGCAAGAGAUUGGGACAGGCCCAGGGUAGGGGCUGAAGAGAAACAAGGCAGGGCAAAAACAGACAGGGGGAAUAGAAACAGGAGAAAAAAUCAAAGGGACAUUGACUACAGAAAGUCCACGUGCGGUCAAAAAGAAACAGUUUACUAAAAUGGAGUGUUUGUCACAAGAGGAACAUUUACAUAUCUGUACUUCUGCAAUGAGAGGGCAUUGUCUGCAAAGGAAAUAACAACUGUCCCCAGAGCUUGUGAACUGUGUUGUGUUUUUGUGCACGUUCCCAACCAGCACCUCUGGCCAUGGAACACAAAGCACCCCAACAUGGUGUUUGGUAUCUGCUUCCCAAGGGCCUGUCCUGGUGCCCUUCUGUUUUAGAGCCAGAGCAGCUCAAAUCAUCUUCAAGCAUGUUCCAGUGUAAGCAGCUCAGGCUGAUGCUGGCUGGCGUUACACCCUGAGGCUGGAGCCUUCAUUCAUUGUGGCAGUGGUGGCCCCUCAGAGAAUGCCACUGCUGCCUCAGAACACUUCAUUUCCAGUUGCUCCAAGGCAGUAUAAAUUGCUGUCACGUAGCAGUCGCUGUAAGAUCAAUAUAUGCACCUCACUGCUCUGUGCUUUGUGUCAGUGAGGUUCUGCUGUGAGAUCCAGGGUUUGAGUGCACUCCCAUUGCACUCUGCCAUGCACAGCUUAAUGCCUGAUUUAUUCACCCCCAAGGUGUGGGCACAUUUCACUGGUGUAGCAGCUGUUGGGGGGAAUGGGCUCAAAACAGAGGGGCUUCAGUGACUUUGCAGCUGGGGAUAACAAAGUGUGAAGCAGCAGUGAAGGAAACCACACAUCUACUGCUGUUUACCCUCUGUGUGCACUGAGAAGCAGAACAUCUGGUUAUAGGUAGUGGAGGUGUUUGGUGACUUGGACAUGCUUGAGCUCCCUGCCUUGGUACAGAGAUCAGAACACAGCAUGGUGGUGACCCUAUGCAGGCAAACCCUUGAUAAACUGGUGUGAAGGGCAGCCUGGUGAUUCUCCAGCAAUUGGCCAAGCUUAAUGGUGCUGGUGUCCAAGUGGCUGUGCUUAGGUGUUGCUUCAGGGAUCUGCUGCUUUGUGAGGUAACAGAAAAAAAAUUCCAUCUUGGCAUUCCAGCUGUGGGUUUGUGAUUGUUGCUGUUGUGCCUGUGUCAGUUCACACAGUGACUCAGAAAUUUGCUGUCUCAUUACGACUACAGAAUUUUAUUAUGUGGAGUAAUUAGAUUUGGAAGCACUGUGCUUCAGUCUGACAGGGCUUUCCUCUCGCUCAACACUUCAGCAGUCUUCAAAAUCAUCAGCAGGCUUCGGGGAGAAGGUUAAAUGCAGGACGAACAGCGGGUGUGUGUGUAUCAUAAAAGAGCAGCAGGAGACUUCUCCUUCGAUACGAGGAGCUAUGGACCUCACCGUUUCAGAAGAGGCUUUGGACAGCAGCAGUUCAGUCGGAGACAAUUCAGGAAUGCCCUGCCUGGUCACAAGAGGAGAGCAGCUGCUGCAUUCGAUGGAGUGAGCCCUUUAAAUCGCCCGGCGUCGGCUCAGGAGGGCACCAAGAGCAAUGCUUUUGACAAAAGCAGCAGCGGGCAGCAGGAGGAACAGCCACAGCCAUCUCCGGGCCCCAGGAGAUUCAGAGCAGGUGCUGCCAGCAUCCACUCCCCAGGGAGAAGCAGCAGGCCUUUCCUGCAGAACAGGGGACCAGCGUUCCAGCAGAAGCGGAUGCAGCAGUGGAACUUCAAAGCCCGCUUCCAGAGAGGGCAGAUGGAUUCUCAAGGAGAAGGGAAACCGCCAAAGAUGAGAAGGUGGCAAGUGAAACCCAGCCCGGGAGCAAUUCUGACGGUUUCCGUGGUUAAUCCCCAGGCGGGCCAGCCCAGUCUGCCUGGAUCCAAGCACCCAUUCCUGCGAAGCCAGAGACCCCCAGCACAGGUGGCCAAGCCCCAGCCCAAGGGGGUGCUGCUGAGGUUCAACUUCCGCGCCAUGGCCAACCAGGUAGAGGAUUGUCGACAGGACAGGAGGCACCUGGCUCCCUGCAGCAGCCCUGCCACUGAGCUGUUAACGUCACACUCAGGUUUCUGGGGCUGCCAGCUGGGUUUAUCUAACACAGCCUGGGAGGAAAGUCCCGUAGCUGUGUUGGCCAGGUUGCUCACAAAACUGAAGGCACUUGAGAAGACUGUUCAGCAACUACAGACUCAGCCCAGUUUUCCCCACUCUGAUGGCCUGUCUUGGCCUGUCCAUGUGCUUGCUUGGAGCAGGGAGGUCCUGCUGAUGAGUAGUCGUGGCCAGAGGGGACUGUUUCACUGUCAGUGCUUCCCAUUCCUCAGAGACACGUGGCACUUCUGGGCUUUGCUCGCUCUUUGCUUUGGUGCCCUUCUUGGUGUCACAUUUUACACUGAAGUAUGGUCCAAGAGCCCUGGGGCAGCUGAGAAAUCCUGUUCCACCUUCUUCAUUGCCGGCGUUUCUUGUCUGGACGGUUUGGUUUUACCUGAUGCCUUGUGCUCAAAUGCCAUCUGCUUGCUCCUGUUCUUGCCGAGGACGCCCUGUGUCUUGGGGCUGGGAGCUGCUUGGAGGUUUUCCAGCCGCACACAGUCUGUCGAGCUCCCUGUCUCUGUGUGCUGAGUGGUUUAAUUGACUAACCAGCUGUGAAUCACCAGCCUGACUGAUGGGCUCUAAUCAAUACCCUGCUACAAGUUUGGCUGUGCUUUGCCACGAGACAGGGGACUGACUCGCUCUCGCUUUCCCCUGCAGACCAGCCUGACGCUGGAUGAGAGGUUCUCUGGUCUGAGGAAUAAGAGGCGCUUUACAGCAGCCAGGAGCGCCGGACGGACGGUCACCAUGCCUUAGGACCGCGUGCUCGUCACAGGGACUGCCUGUGACAGUCCAGGCUCCAUGACAAGGCCUCAAUAAAAGUUGCUAGAUUCCCUUUGAGAUAGCUGAUUUGGCAAUGUGCUGUCUCCUUCCUUACACACAGAGUGCAUGAGUGAUUGAGGGCAGGGAUUAGGCAGGAUGAGAGUUUACCAGAGCACAAGGCAGGUGGGACAGGGGCGGGGUGGUGGAGGAGGAUGAGCAGAGAUGGAUUUGCUGGGAGAGCUCUGCUGGGAAGCUGUAGGGCUGGCACCAGCCCUGUCCCCCUGCCAGGGCACCCUGUGCUGAGCAGGGUGAUGGCUGACAGCGGGAGGGUGUCCCACAGAGACUUCUCUACAUUGUCUGUGGGUGGGAGGGUUUGAGGAUGAUGUGCCUGCCCACACGUGAGACAGAGGAAAGUGGGGAUGGUGCAGCUGCCCGCAAUCACCAACAUCCACCCAGCUGCCCAAGUUGUGCUUGCAGGCAUCCCUGCCCAGAGGUUUGCAGUGUAAGACCCCUCCACCUUGAAAAUCUGUUGCUUUGCCCUGGCAGUCAGGCCUGAGCACCUUGCAUUUCUCUGUGGAUUGCUGUGCUGUUCUGACUGCUGCUGCAGGGCUGGGGUGAGAUGGGCCAUGCCAUGCUGCUGGAGUAACUGUCCCCAGCACGGAGCAAGACAGGCUGCCCCAGCCCAGAUCACAUUUUCCAGUGCUGAGUAGUUCUGCAUUAGGGUUUUUGUAGUUGCAGCUCCACCCAUGCUCAAAGCAGCAGCAUAAUCAAACCAGCAGCAGCACUCUGAUAAACAUUGGGUGAGAUGUUAAUGAGCUGGGUUUAGACAUUUGUUAAUGAAGCCCUGCAUCAACCCUGAGUAACUGCUCCAUUCUCCAACCACUGCUGGAACCCAGCACUGAACAUGCUGGACACAGCCUGUUUCUGGGCUCUAAGCUGUACUUAUAACAGGAAAUAUUCGAUAGACUGCUUUACUUUUUACACUGAGCAUCUUUAACAAGAGACUGGACUUGGCAUUGGUUUUAUAGGAAUGUGUGAAAUGUUAGUUGACGAAGCAGUGAUGUAUGAGUCCAGUGCACUGAAUAAAAAACUUAACUUGUCAAA